UGCAAGCUGACUAUUGGAAUAAAAGUAAUGUGCAAGGGUUUGGCACUAGAUAAUGAUGCUCACUUCAAGAAUUGGUGUAGGUUUGAUGAGCCAAAUGGCCUCUUUAUGUGGCAUAACACUUGUGUGAAGGAGUGCAUGCUAUGGGGAAGAGAAUAUGAUGCAAACUCUGUCGGAAGUGCUGGAGUGUUAAGGAGAGGAAAGAGUGCAAAGGGUAUUUAAAAUAAACAAGUUUGCUGGAGGUUGGGAGAGCUUGAAUGCCAGGUUUCAAACCAAUUCAAUAUGGAUCAAGAUUUAAAAUGUAAGAGGAAAGUACAUUAUCUCUUUCCAGAUGGCAGUGAAAUGGUAGAAGAGUAUGAAGUCUCCAAUGAUCAACUCGCAGUCAGAAAGUGGAGACAGAAGAGUCAAUUGGGAUCCCAGGGGCAGUGGCAGGUUGAGAUUGGGGAUACAUCAUCUAGAGCAUUCGGAAACUUGGAGCAGCAGCUGAUACAGGAGAAUAGCAGCAAUCCUAUUUUCACAAGGAACGACACCAAGGCAAACUUCCAGUGGAGGAUCCGAAAUCUGCCGUAUCCCAAAAAAGUCUACAGCGUCACAAUUGACCCAGAGCAGAGAUGUUGCAUUGUGAGAACAUCAAACAAAAAGUAUUACAAGAGGUUUAACAUUCCAGACAUGGACCGGUGUAGAUUGUCCCUGGAUAGUUCAGCUCUUAGUUUCACACAUGCCAACAAUACCCUCAUCAUCACAUACCAAAAGCCUACAGAAAUCUUGCAGCUGGAACAGGAAGUGCUACGAGAGCUGAAGAAAGUGAAGGUGGCUGAAGAUGGAGAUGUUGAAUGUAAAACACAGUGAAUCUGAAAUACUCUAAAUCAACUCUGCAAGGCUGAAUCCUACUUUGGGAGAUGCAGUGGAUGGAGAAUCUCAAGGAUUUGAACCCUGUAGUGGCAUUCAUGCUGCUAAAUGUGGCCCAAAUGUCAGUACAUUGGAUGAUGUAUUGUCACAAACUAAAUGGGAAAAACAAUGAGUUACUGGUUUUGGAGGGAUGAAAAGUUGUCACGAAAUAUUUAAUCUAUGUGUAUUCUUUUAACCCUCAGACUAAUUCUCUAGCAGAGGAACUCUGUUCCAGUGGUUCUCCUAGGAGCCCCUGGUUGCCUAACCAAGGAAGAUGGAUGUAGAGAACGAACGCUGCUCUUUGAAUCUUCCUCCAAUCCUUUAAUGUCUUGGCUGCUUUGAGAAAUUAUUCAUUUUUCUCCUAAGUUAGAGGAUACAGAGAAUGAAGGAGGGGAGAAUUACUGGACCAGACUGUUUCAAAGAACUCAGUUGGAACACUGUAUCCCAGAACAAGUGCUUCAAAAAACAAAGGGAAGGAAAUAAGACGUUAAUCCUUCUCUUAAUGAUCAAGUAAUGUAAAUCCUCUAAUACCAGUACAUCUAUAAAUUAAAGAAUUUAAUUUUA